GUGAGUCACAUGAUUUUGCUAAACAAGAACUGCUUGAAAAAUGGCAGCGUUCUUACAGUGGAGACGUUUUGUGUUUUUCGAUAAAGAAACGGUGAAAUAUCCGAGCGAAAAUGGGAAAAAUUUCCAACUACCGGUGGGAAUAUCGGCCUGUGAUUCAGGUCGAGGACACAUUGUGCUUGGAGAUAUGGACGGGCAGAUCUGGUUUUUGACCCGCUCCCUGCAGCCGUCCAGCUUUCAGGCUUAUAAGCUGCGCGUGACACACCUGUACCAGCUGAAACAACACAACAUCCUGGUGUCUGUGGGUCAGGAUGAGCCUGGCAUCAAUCCUCUGGUGAAGGUGUGGAACCUUGAUAAGAAGGACAGCGGCAGUCCUCUGUGUACCCGGAUAUUCCCUGCCAUACCUGGAAACAAACCUACUGAAGUGUCUUGUCUCAGUGUACAUGAAAACCUUAAUUUCAUGGCUAUAGGUUUUACAGAUGGCAGUGUUGUGCUGACGAAGGGUGACAUCACCAGAGACAGACACAGUAAAACUCUCAGCCUCCAUGAGGGCAACUGUCCAAUCACAGGCCUGGCUUUCCGGCAGGCUGGCAAAGUCACACACCUGUUUGUCGCCACUUUAGAAAAAGUGCAGUGUUACACAUUAUCAGUGAAAGAGUACCCUCGUAUAAAACUGGACACACACGGCUGUGCCCUCCGCUGCUCGGCGCUCACAGACCCCUCGCAGGACUCACAGUUCAUAGUGGCUGGAGAUGACUGUGUGUAUUUGUACCAGCCCGAUGAGAGAGGACCCUGUUUUGCUUUCGAUGGGCACAAACUUCUAACUCACUGGCACAGAGGAUACCUGCUGCUACUCACACACAAUAACAAGUCACCCAGCAAGUAA